UUUUAGAAUGAUGAACGAGUCUAAAAUCAUAAACGCAGAAACCAAAUCAGAUCCUUUCAUAUAACUCGGAGAACGAAGCUUGCAUCUUUUUAGCUUAAAAAAAAGGAAGAGUCCGAUUUGGAUUCUCCGCAGCCACCUCGGCGGUUGCACGAUGUGAUUCGAGCAUUCUUGUCAUCAUUGAAUGGACUCUUUAUAGGGUUCGAUUUGCUUCUGAAUCUUCUCUUUUUCUUGUUGUUGUUGUCGUCCUCCUCCAGUUGGGGGUGUCUCAGCUUGGGUUAUUCGGGCUUUUGUUCUUCCUAUCGGAACCAUGGAUUCGAGGGCGAACAUGACGUCAUUCGAUCAGAAGGAGAUCAAUUGGGACAAGCUUGACAAAACUAAGUUGUUUGUCGUAGGAGCUGGCCUCUUUACGGGUGUUACUGUGGCCUUGUAUCCAGUAUCUGUUAUAAAGACCAGGAUUCAGGUCGCCUCAAAAGACAAUCCUCAAAAGAAUGCAUUAGCAGUUUUCAGAAAUAUUGUAAAAGUUGAUGGCAUUCCUGGCCUAUAUAGGGGAUUUGGUACUGUUAUUACCGGUGCUGUUCCUGCUAGGAUCAUCUUCCUUACAUCUUUGGAGACCACAAAGGUCGCUGCUAUAAAAAUGUUGGAACCUUUUAAACUUUCUGAACCUGUUCAGGCUGCUGUAGCAAAUGGCCUUGGCGGAAUGGUAGCAUCUAUAUCAGCUCAAGCUGUAUUUGUUCCCAUUGAUGUGGUUAGCCAGAAGCUGAUGGUACAAGGAUAUUCUGGUCAUGCAAACUAUAAUGGUGGAUUAGAUGUCGCUCAAAAAAUUAUCAAAGCAGAUGGAUUCCGGGGCUUGUAUAGAGGAUUUGGCUUGUCUGUUAUGACCUACUCCCCAUCAAGUGCAGUAUGGUGGGCAAGCUAUGGUUCUAGUCAGCGUGUAAUCUGGAGGUUGUUAGGUCACAAUGGUCAAUAUGAGCAAACUACUCCUAGUCAGUGGCAAUUAGCCUGUGUUCAAGCUGCGGGGGGUAUAUUUGCUGGAGCUGUGGCAUCCUGUGUGACAACCCCAUUAGACACCAUUAAAACCCGAUUACAGGUUAUGGAUAAUACUAAAGAGAGACAGAAGGCUAGGCAAGUUGUUAAGAAUUUGAUUGCGGAGGAUGGAUGGAAAGGUUUAUAUAGGGGCCUAGGUCCAAGGUUUUUCAGCAUGUCGGCAUGGGGCACCACUAUGAUCGUCUCAUACGAAUAUUUGAAGCGUUUGUGUGCUAAAGUCGAGGACUGAACUUACUACCAUUGAAGACGGAAUGGUUAAAAGGAAAAUUAGUCGUCUAUAUUUUCACACAUCAUAGAUUAGGAAACAUAUCAAAACCUUUUUGUGGAAAUUUUCAGUUAGUUGGAAUGACAUUUGUUAGCAGAAUAAUAAAGUUGACUAAUUAUUUUAAAGGUCGGCAUAUUACCGUUCCAAUCGGAACAAUUUGUUUAGACAACGAAAGGAUCUCCAUGUCUUCGAUUCUUUUUGUCAAACGGAAGCUGGAUGUUUCAUCCAAGAUAUCUCAUGUUUAAUUUUCUUGAUCAAAGAGGCUCAUUCUUGAGGCUUUGUCUUUACUA